UAGGGACUCCGCGUUCUUCUUUCUAUAAAAACCAUCUCCUCAUUGCAUCAUAACCCAUCUCUCUCUCAAUACAACAGUUAUAGAGGAGGUUACCUUCCAUUUGGGUUUUCUAUUUAAACAACGAUUUGUACUUCAUCUCUCUGAAUCAAACAAGAAUGGGAGCAGUUUCUAUUUUGCACACAGUUUUUGGCAUUUUCGUAUUUUGUUGAUUGAUUUUCAUUCUAUGUGAUACUGGAAACAGGGGAUGCCACUGGUCUGUUCCUCUUCCUGGCACCGACGAUAACGUUCAAGAGGAUACUCACGAACAAAUCAACCGAACAAUUCUCAGGAAUUCCAUACCCCAUGACCUUGCUCAACUGCCUUCUCUCUGCCUGGUAUGGAUUACCAUUCGUAUCGAAGAACAACACACUGGUUACGGUUAUCAAUGGGACAGGAGCAGGAAUUGAGGCAAUUUACGUUUUGAUAUUCAUAAUCUACGCACCGAAGAAGGAGAAGGCGAAGGUCCUUGGGUUGGUUACAUUCGUCCUCGCCGCCUUCUCCACUGUCGCCUUAGUUUCCGUUUUUGCUCUCCACGGCAAGAGUCGCCGGUAUUUUUGCGGUUUCGCCGCUGCAAUUUUCUCCGUCAUCAUGUACGGAUCUCCCCUCUCAAUCAUGAGAACAGUGAUCAAGACCAAGAGUGUGGAGUUCAUGCCAUUCUUCUUAUCAUUGUUUGUUUUCCUGUGUGGUACUUCCUGGUUUAUAUUUGGCCUCCUGGGAAACGACCCUUUUGUAUACGUUUGUAAUGGGUUCGGAAGCGUAUUGGGUGCACUACAGUUGAUUCUGUAUGCCAUAUAUAGAAAGAACAAGGGGCAGAAAGAUGAGAAGGCCGCAGCCAAGGACGGCGGAUCCACCAUGGAAAUGGGGUUAGUGAAACGCCCAGAUAAAGCAACAGUCACGGCCAUACAACCGCCGGAAAACACUCGAGUGUAGGAGGGAUAUAUAUCUUUCACCUUGCCUUUUUAUCUACUACGACUUUAAAUGUUUGUUUUUCUCUUAACAUCAAGUUUGUGUAGUUUGUUUGUUUGUGAAAACCGCUGAAUUCAUCAUCUUCAUUCCUAAA